AGGAGAGUAAAAGAGGGGAUUUCGCUGACAGAAGGGAUAAGAAACCCAUGCACGUACUCUUACCGGCGGUACGACGACUUCAGUCUGACGAUCGCUUCCACGGAGCGAGGUUGACUAAAUCCGACGUUGACCCGGGAUUGUCCGUCGGUCUUGUCUUGAAUCCUGUGUGUCAGGAGUGACCGGUGCAAAAAAAAAAAAAAAAAGAGAACGGAAGGAUUCGACGGUGUGCUACCAAAAUUUCGUCGCGACAAACGUUCGUUUAAAUUGUACUCUACAAAAACAGAAUUCGAGAAAAAUUAACUAGUCACAAUUAAAAUCUGGCUAGACUGCAAGAAUUAUGCAUAUAAAAUUUUGACAAACUUGUGGAACGUCGUAAUGUACGGACGCUAAGACAAAAAACUCAAAAAAAAAAUUUUUUUUUAGUUAUUUAAAUUGUUAAUUUUUUCGGGAAACAUGAGAAUGCAAGUUUGAAUUUUUUUCAGCACUUGUAUGUAAUAAUUUACAUAAUAAUUAACAUUUUUGCUGAGAGACCGCAAAUUUCGCUAUUCCGCGAAAGAGAAACGUUCCCUGCGUUUUCGCGGCACGUGCCGCCGCCGUCGCUCGCUAAUCUCGGAGCCGACCCGAAGUCAACGUCGUGGUGCGUGGUGUGCAGCUAGCGGGAGAGAAAGUGUUUCGCUGUGUGUCUCUCGAUUUUUCGGUGGAAGAAUCGACGAUCGAUCAUCAUCGGCGACGAUGAGAGACUCGCGACUCUUCAGGACAGCAUGACAACCAGCGCGUGCGAUCAUCCGCGUGCGCUAACAUGCGUGUUCGCGGAUACCGCUAGAUCUUCCUAUUGCUGCUGAAAGGAUAAUCUCGACGGAGCGCGAGACUCCUCCUGAUAAGAAUCAUCGAACGUGCAAAACGAUCGAGGACCGAUUUGCAGGGAUAAUCACUGGCUGGCAGACGCAAACUACAGGCUGAAGAAAUUAAUCAUAUCGUAGCCAUGAACCUCGCGCUGCAUGGAUUUUUGCUGCAGGUUUUCGUGUCGAUCCUCAACUUUCAUCAUGGCCGUUUGUUAUGCAGCGCGGGGGAACCUGGCUAUCUGGACUUCGACAACCUGCCGGAAACGAAUUUCUCGUGUCAAGGAAAGGUGAUUGGUGGAUACUACGCGGACGUCGAGGCGGGCUGUCAGAUGUUUCACGUCUGCACCAUCGGUCAGAAAGACGAGAUCAUGGACAUCAAAUUCCUUUGUCUAAACGGGACCGUCUUCGACCAGGAGACCAGGGUCUGCGAGAGGGUCGACGAGGUCGAUUGCAGCAAGAGCGAGCGGUUCUACAAUUUGAAUCUAGAGCUCUAUGGCAAUAACGCGGUGACGCUCAGCUUGCACGACGGCGACGACGAGGAUGAUCUGUCAGACUUACCGGUGGAAGAUCAUCAGUCGCGCACGACCUCGGCGCGGCCCAGCACGACCUCGACGACUAGCACGACCACAUCGCGGCCCAACAAGCCGUCCACCACGGCUGCGAGCGGCGCGUUCCAGCAUCCGUCCGGCUACCCGCAGCACUAUCAACCGCAACCGCCGUUCCCGCAGGUCCACGCGAGCCAGUCGAAGUCGCUGUACGAUGACAAGAACGGCGGUUACCAUCACCAGUACAUCUUCCACAAUGGCGAGCGCACCGGCAAUCAGGCCACGUCGUAUCAACUGUUCAGCAAUCAGGGCGGCAAUCAGAUCGUCAGCUCGACGACCGUGCAGCCGUCGUCGCAGCCGUCAUCGGCGCCGCAGAUCCAUCAGAUCAGGUACAGCUCGACGGUGGGCCCACCGCCGCAGAUCAUCCACAACGAACCGUCCACCGUGACGCCGCUGUACCACCACGCCACGCCGUCGCCCACGAUACAGACGCUGCUCAGCGGCAACGCCAAUCAGGGCCCGGCCUCCCUGAUCAACCCCAUCUUCCACAAUCACGGCGUCGCGAGCACCACCGAGCACUUCACCGUGCACAGCAACAACCCGCGCGAGACUUCCGACUAUGGCGACGACGACGACGACGACGGCGAGCAGGACAUCAGGCUGGAGGCAAUUCAGCCGACCAACAAGGGCAAGGUGUCUAAGCUGACAAUAUCUCCAGUGCCGAGCCAACAGCAGUCGUCUCGAACGGUGGUCUCGAAGACGAGUCAGACGUCGCAGCAGCAGCACAGGAUACCCAGUGGCUUUUUGCCGACGCCGACCACCGUCGAGACAACCAUGAGAUCGUUUUAUCCAACACCGAGGCCAUCGCCGAAGCCCUCGCAGUCGUCGUCGUCGUCGUCGUCGUCGUCGCAAUCGGUCACCCGUCACAUCACCCAGCACAUCCACGUGUCGCCGGGCGUGGCGGUGCCGCAGUUGAAGCCACAUCACAUCACUAUUAAUCUGCCGCCGCCGGACAUCCAGAGGAUCGUGCAGAAUCCGUCGCCGCUGCUGCCGUCGCAAUCGCUCAAUACUACGCAACUAGUGACGUUGCCGUUGCCGACCAUACCGGCCAGCUACGAUGAUUACAAGGAAGGCGACGAGUCCUUCGAUCCUUUCUAUCGCGACGUCCCGAAAAUUCGCAAGAAUCACCGAAUCGCGACGGAGAAAGUGAGAAAGAAACGAUCGCUGGAUCGAUCCUACCUUUACAUUUACGGCGCGGACAGACAUCAGGAUGGUGAUUUAAAGACGAUUCAAGAGAGCGAAUUGCGUCAGAAUCAGGAUGACGCAAUAAACAAGAAAGGCGCGAAUGCUGAGAUCAAUGAUGAUCUUGAAGAAGCUAUCAAGAAGAUUAUCUGGCAGGAUAGCUUGUUGAGCGACCAGGCGGAUGACACGAUUAUCGUUGUGAAACCUGCAGAACUGACGAAAAACAAAAUAAGAAAAAUAGAGUCCUUGGAAGAUUUAAACGUAAGAGCUUCGAAGCACUUGAGCUUACUCGAAGAAGACGAAGACGAGGGGGGAGAGGAUAAAGACGAGGAAGAAGAGAACGAAGAGAUAAGUCGCGAACGUUCGUCGUCAAAUGUCGAGAAUAUUUCUAAAACGACUCCUCAACUGGAAGUUGAAACAUUUAUCCAACGAAAGUUGAACGAAUCUCGAAGCGAUUUUAAAGACGAAAUAAUACUCGAAUCCGAGGAUGUUUCGACGAAAUCUGCGGAUUCUGACGUCGAAACAUCAAAGACUGACGCUCCCACCGAGAUUAUUCUCGAGGAGGAAACCAAAUCCUCGCACGAUGCAACGAAAACCAACGAGAAGAUUAUACACAACGACCAAAUCGCAGGACACUUGACGAAAAGUCCAUCACAAAAGCAAUCAAAUUCCGUAAUCAAUAAGGACAGGCAGUUUGGAGUUUCAGAAGAAACAAGUACGCGAAAGAGCGCGAGGAAUUCGAGAGAGAGAAAGCCCGGCGCGAGGAGAAAGAAUUCUCGUUCGAGAUCCUCAAGCAGAAUGUCCUCGAGAGGAAAGCAGCAAAGAACGAAGCCUGUCGAAGCGACGGAAACAGUUCGGCAAAAAGAAGAUAAAGCGACUACUACUACUAGCACAACAACAACAACAACAACUACUACUACUACUACUAGUACUACUACUACCACUACUACUACUCCGAUUCCAUCCAUUAUGUCUUUUGAGGCGAAAGCCGUGGAAAAGAUUGAUAGCCACAUUUUCGGAGAAGCGGAAUCUGAAACUUCCAAGGAAAUCGACACGAGAGCGGUCGGUCAACGCGGCUCGAAGAGUCUACAAGACACUAAAAGCCAGAGCAAAAAUAAGGAAAUGGAGCGAUCGUUCGAUCACCAAAUCACGAAGGAUCAAAUGACGAAAAAUUUGGAGCAACGUGCUGAAGAGGAAUCCGAAGGGAAGGAACAAAGUACAGAAUCAACGCAGAGCUCUAUUGUGCAAGACUCGAGCCUCGCCGAGAAUUCAGGAAGCGCGGAAGAUUCGACGGAAGUCGCGCACGUCUCCGAAGACAGCAGAUCCUCCGACGAAUACUCCGAGGAAUACUCGACAGACUACAACGCAAGCACAAUCGACGAAGGAAUCGAAGAGACUUCUAAAGAGUACGAAACUUCGAAAGAAUAUAACGCGAGCACGGACGACGAGGGAUUCGAGGAGGGCCCGACGGCGACUCCGAACAGGAUUUCUUCCUACGAAAGCACAACUUCUCGCGAGAGCGAGCAAGAAGAAGAUUCGUCCUAUCGCGAGGACGAAAACGAGAAAUCCGGCGCUAACAAGGAGAAAAGUUCGAUCGUGAAGUACAGCAAGGAAGCGGAUUCCGAGGAACCAAACGAGUAUCAGGACACAACGGAGACAUCCGGCGAAAAUACCAGCGUCCAGCGGGAUUACACGGAAUCGGGAAGCACGGAGGAUUUUACGACGUCCACGGAUUACGCGACUUCCGACGAGUACACCGAGUCUCAGGAGGACGUCACGGAUUCGACGGAGGAGGCUGAGGGCAGUACCGAGGGUGUCCUAAAAUUCACGGACGAAUUACCGCGACCGGAUUACAAGGACGACGAAGGGACGCGGGAAUCAUCGGAGUCCGGCGAGGUACAGUCCGUCGAUCCGAUAAUCGACGCGCACGACUACAUCGACGAUAACUACGAGCCGGAAAAUUACAAGGAGAUUAAGUCUACCGAUUCUAAAGAGGAAAAGAGUGAGGAGAUUGAAAGAGAGAAUAAGAAUGCAACUGCGAAAGAAACGAACAAAAAGAAUAGUGAAGCACACCAGAUCGAUAACAGCGUCGAAGCGGAAACGACGCGUGCGGAGGACGUUACGGAAAUAGCGAAUGUCAAAGAAGCCGCGAGCUCGACCACGCCUUCUUCGACAACGACAUCGACACCAACGACGACGACGACGACGACGGCGACGACGGCGACGACGACUACAACCACGAGCACAACUACGACGACCACUCCUCGUCCAACUACCACCCUCCGUCAGCCCACGUCACCGAAGUUCUUCAAGCCCACGAAAUCCAGAAGAAUCUACGCUUACGUCGCGCCGACCACGACGCCGGUUCCGGUGGUGAUCAAACCACGCAUUAACCUGCUCAACCCGAAACCGGCGAAACCGCCGAGGUCCUACAGCGAGCUGGCGCCCAAGCCAAUGAUCAGGAGACUCUCGCUAUCGCGCAAACCCGCGAGCACGAGUACGACGGAGAAAGUAAACACGGAGAGUCCGGAAAUGACGACAGAACCCGCGACAACGACAAUGACGUCACCGCCGAUGACAACGGUGUCCGGCAGGAGCGAGGAGAACGCCCUUGAGAGCAAACUGGAAGCUACUGAAUCCAAGUCUCUCGAUUCCGCUGCGAAGAACGAUCGCACGAACAAGGAAGAUCAACUGUCGAGCCCGUCGGAGCGGCAUUCGCCCGCCAACUCUUCGACAGACGUCGAUUCGCGAAUUCUGCCAAAGGAAACGGAGACCUUCACUCCUUAUCCUUUGUCCAAAUCGUCCACCUUCGCGCCUUCCGUCGAGCAGACGACGAAGUUGCCGGAUAGUCGGGAAACGACGGAAAAAAUCGACAUUGCGACGACACUGCCGCCGAUGACGCUACCGCCCGAAAGCUCGCGCGAGAACGACGAGACGAGCACCGAGAGACAGCCUGAAGAAGCGGAAGUCACGACGAUUACCGAGCUAAAAUCCGCGAAAACUUUUUAUCCGCAAGACGUCACGGAAACUUCGCCGAUUUUCUCAUCCGAGAAUCCGACACGAGUCCUAACGUCGACAACCGCGCAACCGGAAGCGGAAGUCGCCGAUUCUUUCGACGCGACAACGACGGUGUCUGUAUUUCGUCGACCGAGCAAGCGGAAGCCCGCGAUUCCACAAAAGCACAUGAGCUUUAAUUGUUUGGAAAAAGAGAUGUAUCGCUUUUACGGCGACACUCGGGACUGCCGUUUGUUCCACUACUGCUCACCCGGCUUUACAUCGCGACAGGUGCUGGACUUCCGGUUCGUGUGCGAGGAGGGCACGGCGUUCGACGAGGUGACACAGAGCUGCCGUCACGAUGUGCGCAACCGGAAAUGCCGGAACCGAAACGUCUGGUGAAGAGAGCGCGGCGCGCGAAAGAAAGAGAGAGAGAGAGAGAGAGAGAGCCACGUUUCCUCGGUGACUCCGGGUUGAUUUUGGUAAUUCGUGAAUCCUGUAGGACCUCCUUAGUGUAUUUAUAAUUAUUUUCUCUUUUCUAACGCGCGAUAUACGUAAGAAUAUCUAGAGGAAGGGAGCUCGCCUCCUCCUAAGCCCAUUGCCAUAGCGCCUCGCGCUGGAUUCACACUUAUUAAAGUUAAUGAGCGGUCCGAUCGGCUCGUCGAUCGCACCCCCCCCCUCCCGCGAUCGUCGAUCGGAUCAGGAGAGACAGACGAGGAAACGCGUCCGGUGCGCGGUUUCGUGAAAGAAUCGCCUAGUUAGUUAAGUUUAGAAGCGAAGAAUCGGUUCCUACGUUAUUCUCGUGAGGCGCGAGAGACACUAAGCGACGACAGUCGCGCGUUCGUAAAGCGAUUUUCACAUUCCUGCGAUCAUUCCUCGCGAUUAAUUAGAAAACGUGUGACUCUUGCGAACGUUGCCGGAUAUAUCGCCGAAGAGACGACCCUACGCAACGAUUACUCCUAGCACUCUGCUCGUAGCGCAAUAUGCAUCCGAAAAGCACACACACACACACACACACACGCAGUCGCCUUUUCGAUCAGAUAAAUAAAAGAAUAAUUUUACUCGAUCGAAAUAAAGUCGAAUAUAUUUUUGAUAAAAUAUACGCGCCUCUCUCCGACCAGCGAUACACGGAUAAAGUAUGUAAAAAUACCUUUAAUUAGAAAAUAUCUAAAAAAAAAAAGAGUAGCAUUCAUAAAAUGCUUUUGAUAAAGUAUUUUAUUAAAUUUAUUUUGUAUUGAAAUAAUUUUAAUUAUAUCCUGUACCUAUAUAAACGACAAUUAAUCAAAUGACAAUUGAACGAGACGAUUAAUGAAGCGUACGCGUGAAUUGAAUGUCGCAGGCGUAGACGAUUAUCUCGUCCGACUAGUUUUCCACACGAAAGCGCAAUCUGAAGAAACAUCAUUGCUCAAACAUCUUGUAAGUACGAACGUAGCUCGUAAAAUGUAGAUGUCUCGAAUUCACAUGCGCGCAAGAUUUAGUGUUACGGAGAAAGCCGAGGAAGGAAAAAUUACGGCUUACGGUUUGCACAGUUCGUCUCGUGUAUUCGAAUAAUACUCAUUUCGUCGGCGUUAUCUUUCGCUCUUAACUUCUCAUCGUUGAUUAGCGCGCUUGAAUUACGAGCGAAACGAGUGCACCUUUGAGUCAGCCGCAGCUAAACGCAUAUAGAUGUAUAUUUUUUACGAACUUACUGCAGACCGCAUCUAGCGAUUCAUGUAGAAUCUAAGAAAGUCAUACGUGCCGCUAAGUGAACGUGUAACUCGUUAAUAAUUCUCACGUGUGUGUGUAUAUAUAUAUUGCGCGUGCACGCGCAUUUCAACGACGUACAUCCGAAAUUAUAGCUACUAUAUUUUUUAAGCGAUUGUACUGUGUCAAUAAUAAUUGUAUAUUCUGUACGCAUAAAUCGCAUUUGAUCAUCUUUUAAAAAGCCUUGUCUCCCUUCCCUGCAUAUAUUAAAAAUCCCUAUAAUAUUUCCCACUCUCUUUCUACAUCUAUAU